CUCUUCUGUUUAAAAAAAAAAAAAAAAAUUUUUUUUUUUUUUUGCAUUUUUAACAAAUUGAGUAUAAAGUAUACCAAUCCAGCCUUUGAAAGGACUGAGACGUGGGGCAGACGGCAGAUGGAUCCAGUGGCCAGCAGCUGCAUGAGGGGCCCCCACCCCCCAGCCCCGGUCUGGGGCUGCCUUCGAAACCCCCACUCAGAAGGCAGCGGGGCCUCAGGGCUCCCCCACUACCCGCCGACCCCGUUCUCCUUCCACCAGAAACCAGACUUCACAGCGACAGCGACGACAGCGUACCCUGACUUCUCGGCCUCCUGCCUGGCGGCCACCCCGCACAGCCUGCCCCAGGAGGAGCGCCUCUUCACUGAGCAGCACCCCGCCUUCCCACAACCCCCUGACUGGCCCUUCCCUGUCUCGGAGGCCCGGCGGAGGCUCAACCCAGGCCCGGCAGGGGGCUCCAAGGAGAUGGGGGCCCGCAGCCCAGGCCUGGUGGACACCACGGGUGGCCCGGGCGAGGACUACGAGGUCCUUGGGAGCAGUGCCAAUGAGACGGAGAAGAAGUCAACCAGACGGAAAAAGGAGAGUUCAGACAAUCAGGAGAACCGAGGAAAGCCAGAGGCCGGCAGCAAGGCUCGCAAGGAGCGGACGGCCUUCACCAAGGAGCAACUUCGGGAGCUGGAGGCUGAAUUUGCUCAUCACAACUACCUGACCCGGCUCCGGAGAUAUGAGAUCGCCGUGAACCUGGACCUCUCCGAGCGUCAGGUCAAAGUGUGGUUCCAGAACCGAAGGAUGAAGUGGAAGCGUGUGAAGGGCGGUCAGCCCAUCUCCCCGCAGGGGCAGGACCCCGAGGAUGGGGACUCUGCCACUUCUCCAAGUUCAGAGUGAGAUUCUCCAGGGAGAGAAACACACUGAGGACUGAGCCCCCUACCAACUCUCCCCACCCAGUCCCACCUCCACCUUCUCCCCGUCCAGUCAGGGCAGCCCCUCCUCAUAGUGCAGUGACUCUUGGAUAGGAAGCUGCCCAGGGUUCCUGAGAGCCUUGAAGUUUCCCAGGAAGUUCCAUCCAGCAUUGCUCUGUCUUAGCAGCCCUUCCCCAGGGCCUUUGCUUCCCACCAUGCUCACGGGGUCAAUCAUACAGCGGCCAGAUCGGACCUGAGUAAAUCCGAGGAACAGCUCAGGGACACUGUUUCUUGGUGUCUUGGGGUCUCUUGGCAGCCGCCCACACCACCUCUUGCCACCUUCCUGCUCCACGUGUGGAUACCUGGCCUGCUGGGACAGGAGCCUUGGGAACACCUGGUGAUUCACGAAAGCAGAUGCCCUCAAAGAAAGGAAAAGAGACACUUAUUCCUCCUGCACCACCCUUCCUUUCUGCGUCCUGUAUCUGAGGCUGUGGGGGCCCUCAGUUAUCCCCAAACUCCAGGAGAAACCACCGUGAGGAAGUUUGGAGACAGAAACAUAGCUGCUGCACAUCAGAAGCCAUCGCUGUCUCUAAGCUUGCUGGCUACGUGGGCGAGUUCAUGAGCCCUGGCUGGAAGGAGACAAUCAGGGGACCUGACUGGGUGACUGAGAAUGGACCCACAACAGCACCUACUUCUUGAAAACCCAUUCUGAGCUACCCCUGGGACUGUUGAGCAGGGCCCCCGAGCCCUGGAGCAGCUAUUCCUUUUAAAUCUCUCAUUUCUGGACUUGAAAAACCUAUCCCGAUGCUCACACCAUUGAGAUGAGGCCUGGAGGGGGGAGCCAUCAGAGUAGGGCUGCUGGGUGAGGGCCUAGAAAUGUGGAACCCUGGAGUGGAAGGUUCUAGAAAUGCAGUAUCCUGUGCUUCAACGAACUCUUACUACCGAACAGGAACAACAAGAAAAAGUCCCUGUCUCUCUCUGGGAUGCAUCCGAGCCCCUCCGACAUGCUCCACAAAUGCCAUUGUUAUGGGAGAAGCUGCCAAGUUUAAGUGUGUGAACUGCCCAGAAGCCCUGGGGUAACACUCCUGGACUGUCGGCCAAACAACCUGAGGUAACUGAAGCCUUGAGAGAGACCCUCUGCUCUGUCCCCCAACACCAGCUGGUGUUGCCGAGGGAGGUCAGCGAGAGUUUGGAGCUCUCGUGUGUAGAUAUAAUCACUCACGGGUGAAAAGAACCCCACCUCUCCAUCCCAAAAGGACAGACGCCAUGGGAAAUGAUUGCCUAAUGAGAUGGCUGCUUGGAGCAUGUGUAAUUUUUUCUAAAGCAUACUUCAUCUAUUUUCUUUAGAUUACAUCAAGUUAACUGUGUAAGGUCAAUUCACUUAGUAAGAAAACUCUUUGAGAAAUAAAAUCAAUAAAAAAAAAAAAAAAAGCCACGUUCCCAGGCCUUUUUGCUGGCAGUGCACACAGCUCUGUGGGCCAAUCUCUGAUGCUGGUGUAAUGAUGAGCCGGAAAGAUCUAGAAGCAAUAAAAAAAAAGGAAGAAAUCCUCUAGAUUGAGGUAUCCCUUGGUUUUUCAAAAGGUGGGGGUGCAAAUGUAAUUGAUGUAAAAACAAGAAAACUUAUUUUCCUUGCAACUCUAUUGUCUUCAUUCCCCUUUGUAAAAUUUUAGCUUUCCGUCUCCCUAACCUAUGGCUUAUCAAAUAGUCCAAGUUUUGUAAGCAAAAGGUGAACUCUUGUUCAUAAAGGAAUCUUGACCAUAAACUAACCAUCCCUAAUUUUUAAAUUCAAUGGGGGGAGGGUUGUUUUUCAAGGUACAGCAAUAUACACCAACGGUAAUAAAAAUGAGAUAUGAAAAAAUGUCCUCAA